AUGGAUAGGUAUUUGAUUAAAAAAAACAAGCCGUCAGAGCCAUUGGAAAAAAAGUCCCACUAUCUGAUAGUGAAAGCAGGUAAUAAGGCAAGGGAUAAAAUUGUGGAUCAAUUAAAACAAAUAAAAUUUUCGCUCAUUGUUGAUGAAACUACCGACGUAUCAACGAAGAAAUCGUUAGUCUUAAUUGUGAGAUAUUUUGACCAUUUGACAAAAAGAAUAAGCGAUAAAUUUUUGGGUUUAAUCAGCGUAGUAAAUGCAGAUGCAACAAGUGUAUAUACAAGUAUUAAAGAAUUUUUCAACGAACAGGGCGUUGCAUUAGAGAACAUCAUAGGUCUCGCCACCGAUGGCGCAAAUGUAAUGGCUUCAGAGGUAAAUGGAUUAGUAGGAAAGUUUAGAAACGAUGUUAAUUUGUUUUAUUUAAAAUGUUCUUGCCAUUCACUACAUUUAUGUUCCGCUUACGCGUGUAAAAAACUGCCUGGUCAAAUCGAACAACUUUGCCGUAAUAUUUACAAAUUUUUUGCACACAGUCCAAAAAGAAUUGAAGAAUUUAAAGAUUUUCAAGAUUAUUGUUCGGUGCAGCCACAUAAAAUAUUGGGUAUUUCCAUGACCCGAUGGCUUUCACUGGAAGCAGUCAUAAACAGAAUAAUAGAACAGUGGAAUCCAUUACAGUUAUAUUUUUUAGACUCUGUGUUGGAAGUAAAUGGAAUCAAAGCCAAUGAGAUGGCAAUGCAAAUGAAUGAUCCUGAAAUCAAAACCUACUUUCUUUUUUUAUCAUACAUAUAUCCUCAAAAUCAUAAAUGAUCUCAACAGGGAAUUUCAAUCGGAAAAAGUUCGCUUGCCUUAUUUAUAUUCCCAUCUGGACACGACUUUCAAAUUAUUAUUAAGCAAUUUCAUGAAAAUUGAAUAUGUAAGCGGUUUGGAAUCAUUAGAAAAUAUUAAUUUGCACGAAAAAGAAAACUAUUUACCAAUAGAAGAAAUAUGCAUUGGAUCCAAGGCAGAACAACAUUUGCAAAAAAAUGAACUAUCCUUUUCUGAUACAGUUAGAAUAAAAAAUAGCAUUUUAAAUUUUUAUUUGGAGCUGUUAGAGCAAAUUAAAAAAAGGUUCGAUUUUUCGAGAAAUGACCUAAAAUUAUUAUCGAUUAUUACGCCCAGCAGAGUUUUAUCUGAUCAUCAAACACAAAUUGAGCCCUUGUUGUAUCAAUUUUCCAAUUUAUUUGAGUUUGAUGAGGACGUAAUUGUACAGCAAUGGAAAAUAUUAAGAUUUUCCAAACUCGAUUUGAAAAGGGAUAUGGAUAUUGAAGAUUUUUGGGAACAAGUUUCAUACCAUAAAGAUGGAAUGGGCGAACAUUGUUUUAAGGAUUUGACCAAUUUGGUACAAAAUUUAAUGACAUUGCCGCACAGCUCAGCAGCUGCUGAACGGCAAUUUUCUGAAUUAAAUCUGAUAAAAACGAAAUUGAGAAAUAAACUCAGCUUAAAAACUAUUAAUAACAUAAUGCUGUCCAAAGAACUGUGCACUAGUCGCAAGCCAAAUUAUGUUUCGUCUGCUGCAAAAGAAAAUCUUUGAAAAUAUAUGAAAGUUUAAAAAAUUACACAAACUUUACAAAAGAUAAUCAGAUUUAAAAAAAAAUUUAAAAAAAUUACAAAUUUUUUACUCAGAAUUUUCAAAAAGUUGUUGAGCAUGCCCAUAAAAUUUAUGUA